GCCUGCUCGUAAAACGAUCCGAUCUUGGACAUCUGAGCACAAACCAUGCCAUGAUCCUGCAAUGACGAAACCUUGACUGAGAUGUCCGCCAAUUCUGUCAGAGCGACGCAUUACCGCCACGACUACUACUCAUGAGUUCUUGGGUUUUCCCAACCUAGAGCCUUGGUAAUCACCGUUACUAUUGUCAGGAACACCGGGCUAUUCAAAGCACUGAUAACAUAAGCCAGCCCUGGCGCUCUCGUCCUUCAUCUUGCGCCCUCGCAUCAUUGCAGGCAAUUAAAGGCAUUGUCAGCUCGUGCAACUUGCUUACUCACUCGCUACGUACAACCAUCAUUUCGCAUGUCCGUCAACCUACAACCCAAUAAUCAUCAUGCCAGCUUCUUCCUUCACGUCUCUUCCGACUGAACUCAUCUGUCAAGUGUUCCAAUGGUCAGACGACUUUUCGGCAGUGGCCGCACUUGCCCAAACAGCACGUGUCUUUUACAACAGCUGGCGAGAAAAUCCCACUCCCAUCUGCCGGGCAGUUGCACCUCGUGUCUUGUCCAACAUCGGCGCCGCCGAGCGAUUACUCAACGUGCAGGAGGAAGCUGAAGCUGAAAGUCCAGCGCAGCAUGAGCAAGGACCAAAGUCCAUCAUUCGAGCCAAGCGCCUCCUGGCCAACGCUCGUUGUGCCUCAGCUGCCAGUAAUAGAUGGGUACAAUUUUGUCAAAUUGAGCAUUUCAGAAAUGACAGCGAGGGUAACCUAGCGCCCAUGAGACCACAUGAGAUCGCACGGUUUGAACAUGCCUUCUAUUGUGUCUGGACUAUUGGAACCAUGGCAAAAGCUCCACACUUGCAAAAGCAAGCAUCCGCAUUUCUGGACCAAGCUAGCCCGGCAGAUUUAGCCCGUCUCGACGAACUGGCAACAUGGGCUUCAAAUUACAACGAUAAUGACUUCGAAUCAGUGGGUCUUGAUCUUGAAAGUGAAAUCUGGCGGGCCGGGUACUCUCUGGUCUCGGAUCGGUGGAGUGCAUGGCAGGCUAGCGAGGAGAAUAAGGGACCACGAAUCUAUAUGGCCUCCAAAUACGAAGGUCCCAUAGGCUUCUUUGCUUUCUUUGAUCAUACUCAAAGAUGGAUCGAUAUGAUAGAGGAGAACGGGAAGAAAUGAAGAUAUCUUGAAGCUUAUGCAUCCGCGACCGGAACAUUAGUUUCCAAUGCAAUGUAUUUUCUGUCUCUGAAUAUAUCUCUUUACAUCAAGUGAACCUCAAAUUGUAUGGGAUAUCCCAGGAAUCGCGCUCAAAAGAGUGCGAAGCCACAAAAAAAAUAACUUAUGUAUCAAGGCGAGUUGGGGAUUGAUAUUUGUUGUAUCGUCAUACCCAACCAUAUCUAAGGAGUUCUCCCUCGCUCCUAUUUCGAUCAUAUAUUGAGAUUUUAUCAUGAUAUUCUAUGAUAACAUAGAC